AUGAGUCGAACCCUUUCACGACGGAUUCAGGCACAAUACCCUUUCGCCUCCAUCUCCGAAUCUGCAAAUACUCACACAUUGCCACUACGAUGUUUGCGACAUUUUUCGAGCACACCAAAUCAAAAGGCCGAGGGCGAUCGCAAACCUCUUCCGGACUAUGUACCUCACUCUAUCUCGACAUUGAAUAGGACCGGCGGGGGCUCGAGUGCAAUAGCUAAAGCCAGAGCCAGGUCUUCUUCGCUCAACCCAAAUGCUACUAAAUCUGCAGCCGCAGCAUCGGGAAUAGUAGAUAUAUUUAGCCAAAUGUUGCAGUCAAACAAGAGCGAGAGAAAAGGCGGCGUGCUUGAUACGACAAUGCCUAUGGAUGGAAGAUUGAUUGCGGAGCAUGUUGUAGAGGAGGAACCGCAUCAUAUUCAUGUUUACGCUACGAGACACAAUACCCAUGUUACACUCACAAGGCCAAAUCGAGAACCGAUCAUGUCUUUAUCGUGUGGAAAUAUUGGAUUCAAAAACGCGGGGAGGAAACAUUAUGAUUCGGCUUUUCAAUUGGCUUCAGUCGUGAUGACGAGGAUUCACGAGAGGGCUAUUGGUCGUGAGAUUUCCAAGAUAGAGCUGGUUCUGAGAGGUUUUGGUGCGGGACGAGAGGCUGUUACUAAAGCUCUUUUGGGUACGGAAGGGAAAUGGUUGAGAGGGAAGGUUGUCAAAGUCACGGAUGCUACGAGAUUGAAGUUCGGUGGUACGAGAAGUAAGAAGCCAAGAAGAUUGGGUUAG